AUGGUCUCCUCUACUGCUCUCACGACCAAGGUCGAGUCGGGCUCACCAUACCAGCUGGACAAUCCACAAGUCCAAAAAGCUUCCUCUGCGCUGCUGCGCCAUAUCAAGACCAACCAAGUGGAGCAAGAGAAGAACGCAACCAAGAAAACUUUGAUCGGCGACAAUGAUUCCGAUGAUGAGGAAACGCCCCUCAAGAACGAAGCCAUUUGGCUAAUCCUCACAACCAAGAAGCAUGUGGUUGAUAAGAACCGCUUGAAGCCUGGAAAAAUCAGCCUCCCUCAUUCUCUCAACUCGUCGCCCUCGCUCAGUAUCUGCCUGAUCACUGCCGACCCACAGCGCGGUGUCAAGGAUAUUGUUGCCGACCCCACAUUCCCUCAAGAACUUUCGUCACGCAUCGAUAAAAUUAUUGGCUUUAGCAAGUUGAAGGCCCGCUACCAGAGCUUCGAGAGCCGCCGCCAAUUGCUCUCUGAGCACGAUGUCUUCCUGGCUGACGACCGCAUCAUCACCCGAUUGGUUCCUACCCUUGGCAAGGCCUUUUAUAAGUCCAGCAAGCGUCCGAUCCCUAUCCGCAUCGCCGCGAUCGAGAAGGUGGAUGGUAAGCGUGUCAAGAAAGACCCGAAGAACAAACCUUCCAAGGACGAGCGAAGCGCAUCUUUUGCCUCCCCAAUAAUCGUCGCCAAGGAGAUUGAGCGAACCUUGCAGUGCGCUUCAGUGCAGCUUGCUCCAUCUACCACUGCGGCCGUUCGUGUCGGCUCAUCCAACUUCAGCGCCGAGCAACUUUCCGAGAAUAUUGCCGCUGUUGUACAGGGAAUGACUGAAAAGUUUGUCUCCAAGGGCUGGAGAAACAUCAAGGCUCUUCACAUCAAGGGCGCAAACACCAUGGCCAUGCCCAUCUGGCUCGCCAGUGAGCUUUGGGUCGAGGAUGCCGAUGUCGUUGAGGAGGCAGAGGAGACUCCCGCCAUCGAGGCUGGAAAGAAGGACAAAAAACGCAAGUCUGUGGAAGAUGGAAAGCUGCUCGAGGACAAGAAAUCGAAAAAGUCGAAGCCUGCGGCCGAUGACGACGAGACUGCUUCAGGAGCGGCGCGAAAGGAGAAGCUGAAGCAACUCAAGGCCAAGGCCCUUGAAGAUGGAGAGUCCACCAGUGCUGAUGCUAGCAAGGAAAAGAAGAAGAGAAAGUCGACUUCAUGA